UACUGUAUUCAGUCACUCUUCAACUAAAGAUGCCAAUUUCUUUUAGGGCUAGUGAAUUCUUGGACUUUGUCGUUUUGGCUCUCUUCACCGUUGUGCCACAGUUGGUGCAUAAGUGUCGUGAUGUUCAGUGUUUCCGUAAUGUGCUCAUCAGUGUUUAAAUAAAAUUGAACUUUUUUUAAAGGAAUACGCACAACCAGUCAUUGACUGGAUAUUCUUUCUGUGGCGACAUUGAUGGAGUUCCGCUUGGACAGCGCGGAGUACUGCCAGGCCCAACACAAAUAAACUAGCGGCGGACCGCCGAGCUGAGACCCAUGCAGCCGGGAGCAAGUCUGCACCCCAUCUUUAUGACUGUCCAGCUACCUUAAAUUCUGAAGCCAACGCAAAUCGGAGCAUAUCAUCCAGUUCGGAGCGACUUAAUGUUCGCAUAAUUUCUUUAAGUUUCAUUCCACAUUUUGAACUUUAGUUUAACCGUCUCCGAAUGUGCGCUAGUGGUUGAAAGCGGCAUCCAUGCGGGUGGUUCUCUUGAUAUAAUAGGACCCUUUCUAAAUAAAAGUCACGAAACUGCCGUGUGUUGUGUGGAAAUAGAGUGACAAUUUGUCUGUUGUCGGACGGACCGAAGUGAAGUGAACACCAGUGUCGACCGUAGCGAGGAAGACCAAGACUCCAUCAUGAAGCAGAAGGAUAUCCGGCCGGCGCCCUCGCUAAUCGAGUACAAGGGAAUGCGGUUCCUGAUCACGGACCGCCCCUCUGACGUCACCAUCCAGUCGUACCUACAGGAGCUGCGGAAGCACAACGUAUGCGUCGUGGUCCGCGUCUGCGAGCCCAGCUAUGACGUUGGCCCGCUGAAGGCCGAGAACAUCGAGGUCCGCGACUUGGCCUACGACGAUGGCACCUUCCCGCCCGCCAACGUCGUGGACGAGUGGUUCGAGAUCCUGCGCGAUAAGGCCCAAAACAAGCCAGAAGCGGGCGUAGCAGUCCACUGCGUUGCCGGCCUCGGCCGGGCCCCAGUGAUGGUCGCCAUCGCGCUGAUCGAGCUCGGCAUGAAGUACGAGGAGGCCGUCGAGACCAUCCGAGACCAACGCCGCGGCGCCAUCAACUCCAAGCAGCUGUCGUACCUGGAGAAGUACCGGCCCAAGUCCCGCCUCAAGAAAAACGGUCACAAGAACUCGUGCUGUGUGCAGUAACAGCUGAUCCAGCUCUGUGUCCACACACACACACACACAC